GUGUUUUCUCUCUUUAACUUGUCCAUCAUGGCGGCCAGGAGGAGGCUGAAACGCGUGGUGGCUUCUCAGCCUGGUUUUAUCAACUUAAAGUCCGCUCCAGGAGCUGAAGGUUCGGCCAGCACGCGGAGAAAAAGACUGAACAAGAACAAGAAGAAGAACUGGAACAAACACAUCGACAUAGAUGACGUAGACGAGUUCCUGGAGGACGUCAGACACCAGCAGAGGACCACAGGGGGUCUGCUGUCUGAGAAGCCAGAUGACAGUUUGUUCUUUUUGGAUGUUGGACAACCAAAGAAAGCUGAACAGAAAGAAGCAGAGCCGGCGGCGGGGAGGACGAGGAAAGGCCGAGCGCAGCGUCCUCUGAGGAUAGACCUGAUCCUGCAGCACGACUCCCUCGUCCCAGCACCCAAAGAUGUGUUGGCCCACCAGCAGCCUAACGCCAAGAAGCUCCGGCGCAUCGCCCAGAAGGCGGAGCAGCUGGCGGCCAGAGGCGUGGUGCCCCGGAGGCAGAAGCUGCUGCUGAACAGACGGACGGUUACCAGGACGACCAGGAAGUCUGUGACGGAGGCCAACAACAACCCAGACAGAGAGUACUACGACAUCUGGGGACAGGAGGCCAAAGAUCCAGCUGACCCCUGGUACCUUCAACAGACGGGCAAGAAGCGUGUAAAGCGGCCAGAGAAGCUGAAUGAGAAGCCGUCGGUGCUGCCGGCGGUGGAGGUGAUCGCCCCCGGAGGAUCUUACAACCCAGACUUCCUGUCCCAUCAGGCGCUGCUGAAGGAGGCUCACGAGGUGGAGGUCAAGAAACAAAAGGCGGAAGACAAAAUCGUGAGACAGCUGGCUGUCAACAAAGACGACACGGCAACAGAGGAGACGAUAUUAAGAGAACAGGUGGAAGGCCUGGUGGAGGAGGAGGAGGAGGAGGAGGAGGAGGAUGAUGAAGAUGAAGCAGCAGCUCCUGAUGAAGAGGAGGGAGCAGCAGUGGGAGCCAUCACGCUGUCAGUGAAGAAGACUGAGAGACAGAGGAAGAAAGAGAGGGCAGACAAAGUGAAGGAGCAAAGGCGACAGGCCAACAGACACCGGAGUGACCAGCGGCAGCAGCUCUUCCAGCUUCGCUCCAUCAAGACCUCCAUCAAACAGCAGGAGCAGGACACCAAGGACAAACAGAAAAUACGCAAGGACAACCAGGAGGCAGAGAAAGCUCAGCCCAGACGUCUCGGCAAACUCAAGUUUAAGGCUCAGGACAUGGAGGUCCAGCUGAGUGACGAGCUGGCCGGAUCCCUGCGACAACUCAAGCCAGAGGGCAGCGUCCUCAAGGAUCGCUUCAAGAGUCUGCAGAAGAGGAACCUGAUCGAACCGAGAGAACGAGCCAAAUUCAAGAGGAGACUCAAGGUGAAGUAUCAGGAGAAGAGGGCUUUUAGAGAGAUCACUUAGUGCCGGCCCACAGACCUCAGGAGCUCCACACCAGAUGGAUUCGCUGCAUUUAAAGCCACAAACGCACCAUUAAGGAACCGUGUAUAUACGACUAAUGACUGUUAAGGGCCUGUUUGACCCCUUCACAUGAUUACAUCUGCUCACAAAUUAAUGUCACAUCAAUUAUAUAAAAUUUAAUGUGUUGGUUACCAGC